AAGAGAUUUUCGGCACACCGGCGGGCGAAGCGCUGCUGCGCUGUCGAAUAUUCAUAAUUUCCAUCCAGUACGCCCUGAACUGAAGCGCAUCAUUUUCUCUCCGUCUGCCAACAGUUAACCAAGGAUACCAGCUACGAUCACACGUUACCUUCAAAAUAGCAAACUUAAUAGUAGCCUAUGGCCGCAUUCAUCCGAAUACCCUCCUGCUCUCCUGGCCGCCUGUGCACCGUUAGCAUUCCGGCCGAGCAUACAUAUUGAUUGCUGAGGCAGUGGGAAACGGAUAGGCCUACAUCCCCUGAUAUAGUAGCCUAUGUUCUCCUCCUGCGCCUGAAUGUAGAAACUGGCGAUGCUGUUUCCCUAGACUUGAUUUGGAGCCUUUCGCUGCGGGGUGUUUACGACAUUUCAUACAUGCGUUUGGUGGCAUCCGCCGGUGACUACGAAGAUGGCGGAGACGGCAGUCAAUGCAGCAUCCAGUGGUGCCUUGACAGGAUUGACUCAACCAUCAGUUGCAGAGAAGAGAUCCCAAAGCAACGGCCAUGGCUCCCCAGCCCGUGUGGCACUCUAUCCAGGGAGCCUAGCUGCGAAACACAAUGAGGUGCUGAGCCCACCCUCGGGCACAGAGAAGAGGCCCCAGCUCAAUGGGCUCCCCUCCACUUUACUUCUGCCAGGCAACAACACUAACAAUCAUGCAGGUAAACAGUACGUGGAAGGGUAUCUGAGGACAGAUGACCGGAUGCGUUUAGCCAAAGAGAGACGUGAGGAGAGAGAUAAAGGUCUAGCUGUGCGAGAGCAGGCAAUCAGGGAGAAAGAGCGGCGGGCUCAGCUGCAGUAUGAGCGUACGGUGGAGGAACGCUGGAGGAAGCUGGAGGAGCAGAGACAGAGAGAGGAGGUCCGCAGAGCUGCUGUGGAGGAAAAGAGGAGGCAGAGGCUGGAGGAGGAGAAGGAGCGGCUGGAGGCUCUGAUGAAACGCUCCCUGGAACGCAGCCUGCAGCUGGAGCAGAGGCCCAAACGCUGGACAUGGGGCGGACCUGGAGGAGCACAGGGUGACUGUGAGAAUGCCCCUCUCCUUGCCUCCACCUUUCCCCAUGAACUCGCCGCCCCCCUUCCUGCUGCCAGCGAAUCCGCCCAGCGCUGUCACCUGAACUCUGUGGAGAACCUGAUGGUCCACCGCCUCCUUACCCACACUCACUCCUCUAUGGCCAGGUGCCACAGUGCAGCAGACCUCCAUCUGCCCUGCCACCGAUGCACAGCUCCCUGCAGCCCCCACAGGUCAUCCUAUCGGGGCUCGCCAAGCCGGGUUGAUCGACGGAGGCUCCAGGGCUCUCCAGAGGAGUCACCAGCAGGAUCUCGCUCAACCCCUCAAACCCCCAAGAAAGAGAGGUUACGCAAAGAGAGAAGGACUGGCUCCCCAGCGACAGGCUCCUCUGUGAGAAGAGCAGAAUCCCCAGCCAUGUACACCAGACGCUCAGCCUCCCCCGCCACCCCCAAGUUGCUGCCUAAGAGCCGUACUCAGUCUCCCUGCACUGUGCGCCAGUACCACCCCUCUCCCAUCAGGCACAGACCCACCACCCCGGUUCCCGACGGCAAAAAGGAGGAUGGACAUGUUGAAGAAGCCAAAAGUCACAACAACAUCAAUGACAGAAAUGUCUCCAAGCCAGAAACCCCUGUGAAAAGUAUGUCUGAUAUCCAGAGCCCUGAGAAGUCUUCCCAAGCAGACAACCCUGAAAAAAAACUGGCCAAAACUGAGACCCCAGAAAAGAGAUUCCCCAAAACUGAGACCCCCGGUAUGAACUUAAAAGGUGAGAUUUCUGAAAGAAAGGACUCUAUGACUGACACAUCUGAUAAGAAAGCCUCCAAAAUAGACACCCCAGAUAAGAAGAUGCCAAAGUCCACCAGCAGUGAACUGAAUGCAGAUAAGAUCACAGAGCCAUCACCAGUGACAACAACAGGGAAAGGAGUUGCCGGGACGACAAACGCAGAGGAAGCAUCCAGACUGCUAGCGGAGCGUAGGCGCCUGGCCAGGGUGCAGAAGGAGUUGGAGGAGAAACAACAUGGUGAGCGGGAGGAGAAGGAACGUCUGAAGGCGGAGCAGCUGAGGAGGAGAAAGGCAGAGGAGCGGGCACGACAGGAGGAGGAGAAGAGCAGACAGGAGGACCUCCGCAGGAAGAGAGCGGAAGAGGAGAAGCAGCAAAGGGAGGUCCGGGAGAAGGAGCUACAGGUCCAGAUGGACAGAGAGAAGGAAGAGGGCGAGUUUCAGGCUCAGAAGGAUGCAGAGAGUCAGCGUCAGGAGAGAGAGAUGCUGAAGCUGCAAGAGGAGGAGGAGAGACAGCUGAGGAAGAAGAGAAUUGAGGAGAUAAUGAAGAGAACCAGGAAGAGCGAUGAGAACCAGGAAGAGAUGAAGCAGGAGGAGGGGCAGGUGGAGACUCAACCGGUCUCACCACCAGGGGAUAUGCAGAUGAGCUCAAAGAUGAACGUUGAAACGAAUGCUCAGGUGAAUGUGCAUGAAAACCCAAAAGCUGAGUCUCAGGUUAAUGGGCAGGCCGCUGCCUGCGCCAACAAGCAGGACAGUGCCCUGGUGAAGGGGCAAGCCACUGAUCAGGUGACCCCACUGAAGAAUAUUCUGGAAAAGGGACAGAACGCUCAACAAGUAAAUGGACAGGGUGCAGCCCAGGCUCUCAAGCAAGAGAGUGUCUUAGUGAAGGGAAAGGUCCCUUCCCACGUGAUCAAGCAGGAGAAUGCACAAGUGAAUGUACAGGUGAAGAACCAGGAGGGUACCAAGGUGAGCAGCCAAGCCACUGCUCAGCUCAAAACCGAGGAGAGUACUCAAGUAAACGUGACGCUGACCACACAGACUAUCGGACAAGGGGUGCAGACCAACAAACUGUCCCUGGCACUCCUACCAGUGGGCCUACCCCCACCUCCACUCAUCAACCUGGAGCUUCUGGAUGUGAAGAGCCGUGGGGCGUAUGAUGAGGUGCAGUCCAUGGAGGUCAGCCCAGUUUCCAAGGAGGAACUUAUCUCCAUCCCAGAGUUCUCCCCAGUCAAUGAGGUCCAGGAAAACGCCAUGAGUAAUACCCGAGCCCUGGAAGAUUUGCUGGACCUGACGGGUCAUGUGGCCUACCCCAAACUCUCCCACGUGGACAGCCUAGGAGACUGCAACAAGAACCUGAUCGACGGGCUCUACAGUCCCGGCGCCGAUUCCAAGCUCAUCCUCCACCCUCAUACAAGCACAACAUCCAGUUGCCAGAACCCUGGACUGGCAAGCCAUGAUGGAAGGAGCAGAGGGAAAUGAUCUGCAUUAUCUGAUGUUAUUGAGGAUGGAAGUCUCUGCACCUCUUGAGAUGAGAGAGAGAAGGCACUCUGAAUGUAGUUUUGACCCUCCUUUGUUGGUCUCCAACCUUGAAUGUCCAUUAACCUUCAACCUUCUCCUAUAAUACAUCUGUCCUCAUAGCCUUGGACAAUGGAACUUAAGUGACAGUAAUAUUAAUAGAUUUACUAUACUUGUCAAAUAAUAUCGUAAUGAUAGUCAUAGAUAUCUGUGUCAUGCCAUGUAUCGCUUAGAGCAGUUGUUAGUGUGGUGUCUGAAACGUGGGUGUGUGUGUGUCUCAAUGAAAGGAAGUGCCCAUGAAGUAAUUGACUCUUGACUGCCUGUUAUGAUCUGAAGCAGUUAGCUAAGCUAGUUAAAUCUCAUUUGAGAACAAAAGCUUUUAUUCUGUAGUUGGAUAGAAGCACAGACUGGUGAUGUCCUCUCCUUAAACAUUUGUUUUAUAGUGAAAGACCCCACAUAUACAGAUUUAGAAUAUCAUAUCAGUAAGUUGCCUUUGCUAUUGCAGUAUUCUUCCUCUUAGGAUUGAAAGUUUCAUAUUGCUCUGAAUCCACCUAAUGUAGUUUAGUAUGCACUGAUCAUUCAAUUAGAUUGUUCCACUGAAAAGUCUACAGUUUUCAAUUCUGGCUGUGGAUGCCUCAGGCUAGCUCGCUAGCUCGUAUCUCCCUGGACAUGAUUAACUCCCAAGAGUCUCGAGCUUGUUGUCAUAGUGUAUGUUUCCAACAUGCUGUGUGAUUGGGUUUGUGGCAUGUGCCAUAAUACUUGAACCCAGGUCAAAUAGUACUGCAACUCAAAGUCAACAUAAAGAAUCUGUACAAUAACGUUCCUCAUUAUAAUCCAGAUUGCCAUCAACCCAUGCAUUGCAAGUUUUGUGGUAUCUUUUCUUCCUUGAUCUACAAAGUAAUGAGCUAUGCAUGAUCCCUCAAAAGUCUGAAACCUCUGAGCUGGUAUCAUUUGUGUCUUAGAUUGGUGACUUUGAUUGCUACAAGUCAAGGACAAAACCUAUCGUGACUUGCAGGAUGCUGUGUUGUCCAAAUUAAGUUUAUUUCGGUGUGUAUAUGCACAGAUGUGAGUGGUCAGUCAUUGGUUCCACUUGGACUGUAUUGUGUUUUGAUAAAUAAUGCACCAAAAGAAGGCAAGAUUUUUACUUGGAAGACUAAGCAACCAGGGAUUUAGAAAUUCAGGUUAAAAGAGAACACAUUUGAACAGUUCAAACCUACUGUAGUGUGUCUUAUUACUAACUAAAGCAGCAUAGCAGUUAAUUAAAAAAAUGGAACUAUUGUAAACAUUGUGCAUGGGUCAUUAGCAUAAGAUGUACCAUUUAAUAAACCUUCAAACAAUAA